GUUUUCUUGACGGCCGAUUGAGACUGAUGUAUAUAACUAUUGCGCUCUGCUCUUUGCCCUCAUACUUCUGUAGUUCGUCCACUUGUUCUAGAAGAACUGGAGGUUCACCACUGCUUGUAUCAAUAGCACCAAUCGCCAGGUUCCACCUCGAUUGAGCGAGAGACAGCACCAUGGACUUGCGCAAGAGCGACAAAGACACUCAGUCUGGCUUGGCCAACGUGCUGAGCGGCACGAUGGCUGACAUUUUCAGCCAGACCGGGCGUAUUGGAUCCGACAUUCAGGUUAUCAGGGAGGGCGCUGAGACGAUGGCCGCUGGUGGUAUUAUCGACGAUCGCCAGUAUACUAUCGAGCACAUCAUUCAGCUAGCGGCGUCUCUCCCUAACGGAUCGAAGCUCCGGGAUAAACUUACGGAUCAGUUUAUCACCACAUUGUGGAACAACCUGGAGCAUCCACCGCUAUCUUACCUGGGUGACCAGUUCAAAUACCGUAGUGCCGAUGGUUCAAACAAUAACAUAAUGUAUCCCCAUCUUGGGGCUUCAGGAAGUCACUAUGCGAGAAGCGUAGUCCCACAGCGGCCCAAGAUGACCAAUCUUCCUGAUCCGGAACUUAUUUUUGAGACUUUGAUGAAGCGUAACGGCCCCUCAAAGGACCACCCAACCAAGAUAUCGAGCAUGUUGUUCCAUUUCGCAACGAUAAUUAUCCACGACAUUUUUCGCACUGAUGAAUUGGACAUCAGCCGCUUGAAGAACUCCUCGUAUCUCGAUCUUGGUCCGCUCUACGGACACGAUGAGGAGCAGCAGAAAAGUGUCCGACAGUUCAAGGACGGCUUGCUCAAGAACGACGCAUUUGCUGAAGAGCGAGUGCUGGGCCAACCCCCAGGAGUGUGCGCCUUGCUAGUCGCUUUCAAUCGCUUCCACAACUACGUUGUUGGAGAGUUGGCGACCAUCAACGAGCGGGGACGUUUCACCAUGCCUGUGGAAGGUAGUCCAAACUAUGAAAAAGCCUUGCUUAAGCGGGAUAACGAUUUGUUUCAAACCGGACGACUGGUAACAUGUGGUCUCUAUAUCAACGUGAUUCUCAAUGACUAUCUGAGGGCAAUUCUGAACUUGAACGACAACGACAAAGACUCAGACUGGAAGUUGGAUCCACGUCUGGCCGUGGGCGUUUUUGAUGCAACCGGUGUGCCCAGGGGAGUCGGUAAUCAAGUGAGCGCCGAGUUUAACGUCAUCUACCGCUUCCACCCUGCAGUAAGUAAUAACGACGAAGCUUGGGCCAAUCAAUUCUUCAAAGACGUAUUUGGUAACGAUAAGGAUCCAGGGAUUUGGAAUUGGAUGAGAAAGCUGGACAAAGACCCUGCGAAGCGGGAGUUCGGAGGCCUGAAGCGUCAGUCCAAUGGAAUGUUUAAGGACAGCGAUCUCGUGAAGCUUCUUCAGGAAAGCACAGAAGCCGUCGCUGGUUCUUUUGGUGCUCGCAAUGUACCAGCCGUUAUGAAGGUGGUCGAAAUGCUUGGAAUCGAACAGGGACGGCAAUGGGGGCUUGCGACCCUCAACGAAUUCAGAGCAUUUUUCAAGCUGAAGCGACACGAGAAAUUCUUGGACGUAAACUCGGAUCCAUCCAUCGCCGAGACCUUGGAAUCAUUGUACGGCCACCCAGAUGACAUCGAGUUAUACACCGGAGUCCACGUCGAGGAAGCCAAGAAGCCUUUCAUGCCUGGAUCUGGCCUUUGCCCUGGCUUCACCAUUUCGACUGCGAUUUUAUACGAUGCAGUAGCAUUGGUGAGGGGCGACCGAUUUUAUACGAUCGACUAUAGCCCGGAGAGCCUCACAAGUUUUGGCUUCAGUGUUGCAAACUCAUCGUUUGAUGUUGCCAAAGGCGGAGUCAUGUAUAGGCUUCUCAUGCGCGCAUUUCCGAGCUGGUACCGUCCGAAUUCGGUGUAUGCACUCUUCCCGUUCACGACACCGGAGAAGAACCGUGAAGUUUUCACGAAACAUGGUUCUGUGAAUCAAUAUAGCUUUGACAGGCCCUCUCUGACUAUGCCUCCGAUACCCAUCUCCACGUGGAAAGGAGUGGUUGACGUUCUCAACGACCAAGCAAGGUUUAAGGUCCCUUGGGGACCACACACUUUCGAGAUGACGAAACACGACUACAUGCUUAGUGGUGACUCGAAAGCCAACGCCGAGCAGAGGGAGUUCGUGUCAAAAUGCUUAUUUGAACCCAAGAAAGGCUUGGAAGAAGUCCGGAAAUUUUAUGAGGCUGUUACUCUGAAUUUCCUCCGUAAACACGGCCGAAAGGCAGGGAACACCUAUCAGGUGGAUGCUGUGCGCGAGAUUGGAAACCUCGUGCAUGCAAACUUCGCCGGGCAUUUCUUUCAGAUUCCGUUGCAAAGUGCUAGCGGCGGGCCAGACAGCUUCACAGAGCAAGAGCUCUAUGAUUCCUUGGCACACUUGUUCGCGUACGUUUUCCUGGAUGUUGACCCGGCGAAGUCAUUCGAGCGAAGCGUGGUUGGGGCUAGGGACUCGGCGCGGCUUGGAAAGGUGGUUUCGCAGGCUGUUGCCGCAGUUCAAGCUGGCGGCUUCUUUUUCUUCAAGCAUUUAGAACACGCUAAACCCGAGAUCCUUAGCGAGUAUGGGGCCCGCUUGGUGGAGCGACUGUCCAGAGGGCGAAAGUCCGUCGAUGAGGUGACAUGGACAAUCAUCCCAACAGCAGCUGCAUCAGUUGCAACGCAGGCGCAAGGAUGGGCCCAAAUGUUUGACUUGUACAUGUCUGACAAAUACUACUCGCACUGGAAGACGAUCGAAAAGCUCUCGCGCUCCGACGCGCCUGAGGAUUUCGAAAAGCUGAAGAGAUACGCUUUAGAAGGGCUCCGACUUGCGACCCCCGCCUAUGGCGUUCUCCGGGUAGCCGCCACGAACGGAACAAUCCAAGAUGGAAACCGCACUGUAUCAUAUAAGCCAGGAGACGUGAUAUUCACGAAUUUCAUGACUGCCGGGGCCGAUCCAUCAAGAUUCCCAGACCCCGAAGCCAUCAAACUCGACCGCCCUGAAGAGGAUUAUAUCCACCACGGGUGGGGCCCGCAUACCUGCCUUGGACGACCCUUCGUAACGACAGCGGCUGCCAGCAUGUUAAGGGUAUUUGGUAGGUUGGACAACGUGCGGAGGGCACCUGGGCCACCUGGGGAGAUGAAGAGUAAAGUGGAGGGAGGAGUAUUCAAGGUCUUCUUGACCCCUGACGGCGGAGACUGGAACGCUUUCCCUUGCACCAAGAGAGUGCUGUUCGAUGGAUUCCGGGAUGUGUAAGUGGCAGGACUCGUAGAAAAAGGCUUCCAUGCCGAAGGGAGUUGGAACAUGUCAUUUUCGUGCGCACUAAAUUGACCAUGAAAGUUUCUCGGGGGCGUAUGGCUGAAUUCGGUCAUUCGUAAUGUAUAAUAACAUAAAAAGAAAUGGGUUUAACAAUUCAACAUUGGCCGUCUUUUGUCGUUUA